AUGCUGGCCGACACGGAGCUGGCCGACCUGCGCCCCUUCACCGCGGCCGCGUUACGCGCGCUGCCUACGCUGCGCCGCGUGCUGGGCCUGGCCUCGGCGCCGCGCGAGACCACCUUCUCGCGCACGGCCGCGCUUCGCACGCUGGGCCUGCACCGCGCUGCGGCGCUGGAGCUGCUGGCGCAGGUGCUACGCGCCGAGUGCGGCGCGGUGGCACGCACCGUUGUGCACGCGCCAGGCUGCCCGCUGGCGCUGGGCCUGCGCCUGGCGCUGGCGCACGAGGCGUGCUCCCCGGCGCAGGGCGCAUUGGUGUGCGGCGCGGCCGGGGAGGGGGGGCCGGUGGGGGAGGUCCCCGACGAGGAGGCGGGGCCGCACGGGGAGACGGAUGCAAGGGAGGGGGAUGCUUUGGAACCCGUCCCCCCCACAGCGAUCGCGGAGCUGUGCGCAAAGGCGGCCGACCUGGCCCCCGGCCUGCGCAGUCCCGGCGUGGGCUGGGCGCUGGCGCUGGCGGGGUCGCUGCAUGCCGCCAUGCAGCCGGGGUACUGCGGCGAGGAGGGGCGCGUGGAGGCCUGGCAGGAGGAGCUCCGGGAAGCGCUGGCGGGGCAGGCCGCCUGGGUCGAGUUUGCGGCAGCGGAGGGGCCGCUGGCAGACCUCCUCGCGCAGCAGCAGGGCGACCUGGCCGGUCCCAAGCCCGCGCGCAUGGUACUGCCGGAGCCGGGGGCAGAGCCCAGCCGGGUGCUCUCCGGCCAGGACCUGAUCAACAUGCUGCGUGGGCUGCACGGCAGCCCACAGCUGUCCUAG